AUGGAGCCCCUGGCUUGGGCCACGUCUGACGAGGUACGGACGGACAGCGAAAGCGAGAACGAGACGCUGCGACCCGAAGGCCUCAAAGAGAAGUUGAGAGACAAUCUCCGGCACAGUGACGCGUCAGAGGCAGAGGGAAGUGACCCAGGGAGAUUUCGCCGCAGUGGACCGGGAAGAAGAGCCCCAGUGGUCGCGGUGAGUAGCCAGCCCGCCUGGAUAGUUGUGCGCCUUACGCGAUUCCUCGCGCGCCCGUCUCUCCUCUGUGAAGUGCAGGAAGCCCUGGACUCGCAGCUCGCCUCCCUUUACGCGCUCCGCCGCGACCGGCUCCAGGCGGAGGUCGCCCGCCGACAGAGAGCCGCGACACUCUCUUCUUUGAAGGUGCGCGGACUCUCAGGACGAAAGAAGCUCUCGGCGAACUACGUGGAGGGUGGCAACCCUCUUGGAGGCGUCGACCCUGAGGCUGAACAUGGGGACGCCACACAGGGGCCGUAUUUCGGCCGCCGCCCAGGCUUGAAGCAGAUCUCCUCGGCGUCUUCGCAGAUGUUGUUUACGCGCAAACGCAAAGGAGGUUCGAUGGCGCCGUGGACUGACAGCGGUAGCAGCGAAUCGGAGGCAGAGGAAGCGACGACGUACCUGCGGCGCUUCGCUGUGAAAUUUGAUCACCCUUCUCUGCUCCACCAUGCGUACGCCCGCGCGGCGGCUUGGGACUUCACGACACUCCCCGAUCGAGUUCUCUUCGCGGCGCUGCAGGAAGCAACCGAAAAGGCUGCCCACCCGCCCCCGGUCAACGCGUGGGUGUUUCUCGUCAAAGCUUCUGUCCACCUCUUUAGUAAGUCUUCCCGCGACCGCUUUCGCGGAGGGCCCCUGCCCGGCUUGUUCUCGGGAAAAGCCUCUUUCGAGUCGACCUCUCUGUCCUCCCCGUGCAGCCAAUUCGCUGUCAAGCCCUCUAGUCCGUAUUCGCACUACUCGCCGCCGAUGCAGCUUCGUCAGGGGGUCCGCGGCAGCCGUGGAGAAGACAGCGGCGCGAAGGCCUUCUUUGGGCUCAGCAAGCAGGCGGACAGCGAGUCGCCCGAGGGGCGAGCGGCUGAAGCGUCAGGCGAGGGAGUCGGCGCCGGCGCGCAGCCGGGCGACAUGGUCACGGGGCCGAUGUAUCGCCACAAUGCAGGCCACAUUGCGAAUGCAGGGGGCUGCAUCUCGGCGUGUGCCAUGGCGGUCUCGAACAUGGGUACCCGCGUGCUCAAGCUGCAGCCGGAGCUUUGCCGUCGUGCCGCCAACGACGACAGAUCGGCUCGUGGGACCCCCGAGGCGAUGGAUGCGCUCGUGGAGAACCCGUUUUCCGGCGGAGACCUUCCUGUCGCGCUGCCGUGCACGUUCUCUCCCCUCCUGCUUCGCCCCAUGUACGAAAAUUACAGCUCGGAGACUGUUCCGCUACCCCCGCGUCCCACCAAGCGACGCGACUUGGAAGAGGUGACGCGCGGAGAGUCGUCCUCGCCUUCCUGGAGCUCGAGCGCAGACGAGACGACGACCAGCGAGGUCUCCGAGACCUCUUCGGGGUCGGAGUCCGUGCUUCGCGGCCCCAAGCGGCAAGGCAAGAAAUCUCUCGAAGGCAGAGAAACCGUCGUCGUCUUGAAUCUCUACGCGUCCUGCGUCGCGUGCUUGCCGGCCCCGCGCGGAGCUGAGACUGUGCCGCAGCCGGUUCUCAUCGCCACCUCCGUCGUUCGCCUCUUCAAGCAUAAACACGAGGAAUACCGCGGGCACUUCUGCCAGCCCCUUUAUGCACCGCGUCGCCCGCGUCUGGCCUCGGGGGACGCCUACGCGGCGCCGCCUGCUGCUAACACGUCAAGAGCGAGGCGGAAAGGGGCUGGCUUCAGGCCGGACAGCGAAGUAGAGAGCGACUUAGCAGAAGACGACGCGCCGCGCGGGUCGCCGCAGAAGCCCGACCGAGAGGGCACUCUGCCAGACAGCGGUUUCGACGGCGGAAUCAUUGGCGGGUACUUUCUGGCCGGACGGAACGAGGCGCCAAAGUUCACGCUCGACGGCGGGGCCCUGCGCAUGCUGGACGACGACGACGACCCGCUGCAAGCGAACCAACGAAGCGGGCGCUUCGUGGAAACCAACGCGCUGAAGCGUGACCCGCGUGACGCAGCAACGACGCUUAACUGGAUGCGCAUGUUCGGCCUCUGGAGAGGAGGCGUCUUCCUGGCGCGCGGCGAAGCUGCGGCGCACUCACAAGGAGAAAGCGAUGAAGAAUUCGCGUUUCGAAGAGCGACAGAAGCCGACUACGACCUGGCCCUUUUCCAGCAUCACUUCCUACAACUCGAAGCCAUUGAGCAGGCGACUGAGAGCCGCCGAAACCGGAGGCAAAGGCGAAUGCGCAUGCGGAUGCAGCGCCGAAGAGCCAGUCUCGCCAACGAGGCCCCACAACCUGAAAGAGACAUGCGGGUCGCUCCAGGGCAGAGGCACAACACGCGAGUGGCCUCUGAGAGAGGCCAGAGCCGCACGGGAGGAGGGAGGCGGCUGACCAAAGGCCGGCUUCAGGGACUUUUUUCGUCGUCGUCUCUCUCCCACGCUGCGGCGGACAGUACCGAGCGCCUUCCAUCGUCUUUGCCGUCACGUCGGCGAUCACUGUUUUCUGAGGCGACCACCUGUUCGCGCACGGAGAGAGCCGGCAAGCGAACGGACUCCGGAAAACCCGGCCACGAGGCGAAGGGCACAAACACGCCGGGGACCGACACCCAGAAGAGCGAAUGCCAGGAGCAAGCGACGCGCAGGGGGGAAGAAGCAGAGGCGCCUGACGCUCGGGGAGUUCUCGACGGAACUACCUUGCCACAAGGGACUCCUCCAGGAAGGCAGCCGAGUCUGAAGAGCAGAGAGUUCCGAGCUCUCGAGGCCGAACAAGAGGAGUGGGAAAGAAGGCGCGAAGAGAGAGACCAACUGCGGCUGAAGCCGCUGACGCUCGCCGUGGAGAGUCUCCUGAAUGAAAAGGGUGAGAUUGUACUCUGCAACGGGGCCUCGCACGCGGCUAAACGCGUCGCGGAAGGCGCGGGGCCCGCAAUGAAGCCUGGAGGCGCGAGGCCCCCCCUCGAGGCUCCGCGGCCGGGGCUCCACGAGGCACAGGAGAGCAUUCGCAGACAGGUGGAGGCGCUCGCUCACCGCUACUCCGGUCGGCAGCGGGACCUGGGGCACCGGGGAGGCGGCUGGCUCAACGUCGCACUCAAAGAAAACGCGGAGAGGCGCGUUAAGAACCGGGGAGAAGCCAGGGACUCGCUCGCAGCGUUGCCCAGUCAUGCGCUUCCUGAGUUGGAAGUCGAGACUGCAGUGAUGCGCCACCACAAGUCACAGCAAGGGCUUGGGGAGGACACAGCACUGGAAGACGAGAGAGGGAGAAACCGCUUCCUGGCGCCUGCCUACCUCACUGGCAAGUCGUGGCCAAGCCAGCAGCGCGCGCUGCUGGCGCUGGAGAAGCAGCAGCGGUUGGAGGCGAGAUGGGUCGCAGCCACCGCUUCCCGGCUGCGAUGGGCCGGCUCGUCUGGAAAAGAUGCACCGACACCAGAAAGGCCCGCUGCAGAUCCGCCGAGGCGCACGGAGGCACACUCCAGAGGAGAGCGAGAAGCAGCCGCUCGCAGGGAACGACACCUUGAGAGAAAGCCCCACCACGUGUCUCCUCCGCACCGCCUCCCUUCGUGCUCACGCAUUCGUGCCCGAGGGGCCGCCGAGCCGAUACGCGAAUCAAAAAUUCAAUCCCUUUCGCCGGCUCCACAGCGCCCCCCAGAGAGAGAGCGAGAAAUGCGAACUCCGGGGUCCUCUGUGGCGCGACCGGUGAAGCCGCACGCCGCCGCGCCUUGGGAACCCCCGCCCAAGCCCCUAAGACCCCCACGACUGUCCCCAUUGCCAGCGGGAUUGUCUGGCUACCCGUCUCGCUCCAGCGAACUGCCUGCCUCUCCGCCGGCUUCCCUGGGCGCCCACGCUUCGUCUCCUGCCCGCUUCCAGCUCUUGGUUUCCCCUCCUCCGUCGUUAGUUUUGCCAGUGCCGCAGGCCGCUGAGUCAGCGUCUGUCCGCGGCGGGGGUCCGUCCGCCUCUCUGCAGCCUCCGCGUGACGAGCACCGCCUGCGCACGUGGACUGUGCAGCUUCUGAGGAAUCUGCAGCGUCUCCACGCCACCGGUAGGUCACAGCGAGAUCUCCACCAGGCAAGGAGUCUUCGCCAGCCAGUUCCGCUUCAUCUGCCGGCAAAAAACGAACGCUUGUGCGCUGCCAUGCGGGGUCGCGCGCGACUGACUUUGCCUCAAACCGCCUCGCCGUCGUCUGCGAUGGCGGCCUCGCCCUCUCCGCGAGCCCCCUGCUCGCCGUCCUGCCAAGUGAAGGCCCGGUUGGGCCUUCCCUGUCCGUAUCGCAUUCUUCGGCAAAGACCAGAGCGCCGGCGAGCAGGGGAGGGAACCGCGAAGGCGGCUGCGGACAGCAGCCGACGCGGCCCUGGAGAGGACGACGCGGAUUCGCAACGGGUGGCGCUGCCUCCUGGCGUCCCUCUGUGCUACCUGCCCCCCGAGGAGUUGCUGCCUGCUUUCCAGGGAGCGACCGCAGGAAUGCGAACGACUGCAGACAUGUGGCAGCUGGGCGUCCUUCUCUUUGAGGUGCUUGCUGGGCGGCCCCUCUUUGAGGCCAACUCUGUUGAGGACCUGCGGGCAACACUUGGCACCAGAGGCGUUCUCGGUGAAGCUUUCCUCACCGGCUUGAGCGACGCAGAUUGCUCUUUCGUGUGCCAGGAUUUCAUCGCAAGCCUCCUCCAGCUGUCUCCUUCGGAACGGCCUACAGCGGCGGAGGCCCUUCGCCACCCGUGGUUCUUGUCUUGA